AUGAUUGGAAAAUGGUCGGAAUGUACGGUAUCAUGUGGUGGUGGAUAUCAAACAAGAACGUUAUAUUGUGUUGAAAGUUUCAACGAUACAAACGGUAACGUUGUGGAAAAUCGGAAAGUUGACGAACAAUAUUGCUGGCAAACUCAUCGACCGGCAACAAGCAGAAAAUGUGGUAGGAAAAGUUGUCCAAAAUGGGAGAAAGGUGACUGGACUUCGUGUUCCGUUACAUGUGGUGAAGGUUUCCGCAUAAGACAGGUGGAAUGUCAACAAGAAGGUGAGCGAAUCGAUGAUUACGCAUGCAAAAAUAGUGAUCGACCCGAUGAUGAACAACCGUGUUAUACGGGUGUCACUUGCAAAACUAAAUUUCACAAUUGUUAG